AUGGAUUUGAGAAAUCAAGAAGAGCAAAUAAGUAAGUGGCUCGAAGAAGUGGAAGAUAAAGAGGAGGGUUCGAAUGAUUUGGCCUCAGAGACGGAGGAUAACGUGGAGGAAGAAAUACAUAUCAACACCUCUGAUUCCGAAUUCUCAAACGAAUUUUCAGAACCUGAGGAUGACAUCAUACGACCAAGUAAGAGACAAAGAACUCAAAUUGUAGACUCUGAUGAUUCUUUAGAGGAUAUUCAUGAAACUAAUUCUCCUCAAACUUCAAACCAAGGUAACCAGCGUGUUCUUCAAGUAACUCCCCCGAUUCCUUUAUGGGAAAAACAAACAUAA